AUGGUUGUCGUUGGGGGGGGGUCCGCGGUUAGGGUCCUUACCCGGGCGGAGGGCUUCCCGGCGGCGGCGGGCCUGGCCGGAAGUAUAGGCCCGUCGGUCCGCCGGUCCGGCCGGAAACCGCCCCCCGCGCUCCCGGAGUUCCGGUCCCCUGCCGGCGGGGCUUCCGGGAGGGGGCACUUCCGGUGGGGGACGGGGCGGGGGGGACGGACCUUCCGGCCGGCGGUCGUCGUGGCGACGAGGGGGGCGAUGAGGCGGGCGGGCGGCGGGGGGGCGCCCGCGUGGGUGCGGCUGUCGCUGUGCUGGACGCUGUGCUGCGCGCUGGGCUCGUCGGCGGUGCUGUACUGGGCGGUGGGCCGGGCCCUGCCGCGCCCCUACAUGGACGAGGCCUUCCACCUCCCGCAGGCCCAGCGCUACUGCCGGGGACGCUUCCGACAGUGGGAUCCCAUGAUCACGACGCUGCCCGGUUUAUACCUCGUGUCGGUUGGAGUCGUGAAGCCGGCCGUGUGGAUCUUCGGAUGGUCCGAGCACGUCGUCUGCUCCAUAGGAAUGCUUAGAUUUGUCAAUCUCCUCUUCAGUGUCGGAAACUUCUACUUACUCUAUUUGCUUUUGUGCAAGAUACAGCACAGGAACAAGGCUGUUUCCGGCGUCCAGAGAAUCCUGUCCGCCUUAACCCUGGCAGUAUUUCCCACACUGUAUUUUUUCACUUUCCUUUACUACACAGAGACGGGGUCGGUGUUUUUUACCCUCUUUGCCUACCUGAUGUGCCUCGACGGUAACCAUAAGACUUCGGCCCUGCUCGGCUUCUGCGGCAUCAUGUUCCGCCAGACGAACGUCGUCUGGGCCGUCUUCUGCGCGGGCAGCGUCCUGGCCCAAAAGGUGACCGAAGCGUGGAAGACGGAACUGCAGAAGAAGAAGGAGGAGAGGCUCCCGUACCUCAAAGGACCCGUCUCGGAACUGAGGAAGGCGCUGCGGUUUCUCCUCGGUUACGUCGGGUCCCUGAGGAACCUGCGGGCCAUGAUGGUUCUGACCUGGCCCUACAUCCUUUUAGUGUGUCUGUUUGCGGCCUUCGUGGUUUUCAACGGCGGCGUGGCCGUGGGGGAUCGAAGCAGCCACGAAGCCUGCCUGCACUUCCCGCAGCUCUUCUACUUUUUCUCUUUCACUCUCUUUUUUUCCUCCCCUCACUUAAUAUCCCCGAAGAAGGUGAGGACUUUCCUUCAGUCCGUCUGGAAGCGGCGGGCCCGGUAUGCCGCGCUGACGGCCGUCUCGUUAUUCUUAGUCUGGAGAUUCACUUACGUUCACAAGUAUCUGCUCGCCGAUAACCGACACUACUCCUUCUAUGUGUGGAAGGGGGUCUUCCAGCGCUACAGAAUUGUGAAGUAUCUGCUGGUGCCGGGGUACGUGUUCGCGGGCUGGAGCAUCGCCGAGUCACUGAAGUCCAAAUCCAUAUUCUGGAACUUAAUGUUUUCCGCGUGCGUCUUGGCCGGCACGGUCCCUCAGCAACUAUUAGAGUUCCGUUAUUUCAUUCUGCCCUACGUGAUUUACCGGCUCAAUGUCCCCGUGCCUUCGGUGCCCAAGCUCCUGGGCGAGUUCAGCUUGUACGUGGCGGUUAAUUUUGUGUCCUUUUACCUCUUUCUGCACAAGACGUUCCGGUGGCCGGAUAGCGAGGACAUUCAGAGGUUUAUGUGGUGAUCGCGGGGCUCGCUCAGGGGAUUUCUCUCCCGCGACGGCCGGUGGCGGCGGGACCCGGCUGGGACUCGUUUGCUUUAGAGAACAAAAAGGAAAUAUGACUUGGAAAUCGGGGUGGAAGUCAGAUGGACCGUCCCGACACGACGAAGAUAGGGAACCGGAUCGAAGGGCUCGGAGUCGUGCGCUCGCCCAGCCGUGAAUCGGGGAAAUGGGAUCGCGGCCGAAAACAUUGCGGGAUAAUGUGAAAAGAGACAUGUUUACAGCUGACUGGCGAUCUUCCGUGUCCGUCAGCUAGCCGAGGGCUCUUCCUGAUAUCGGUAGAGGCUUGUAAAAGGCGUCGGCUUUCCGUGUAGCCUAUCGGCUUGGUCAUUUGCAGGGGAGAAAAACCUCCCGGCGAUACUGGAAAUAUUCUAAUGUUCGGGCCUUGACUGGAGGCACGGUCGUUUGCUCUGCGACGCAUUAAAACGCCGACAUCAGAGUUCUUGUUCGCAUUUCAGCAGAUGUUCAGUCUUUAUCUUAGGUAAAGAGGGUUAGAGCGGUAGGAACACCCCCGCUUCCGUGUCGAUUUAAGCAACUCGACGCCUCGGAUUCAGUCCGUGUAAGAUAAGCGAGCGUCCCUUCAACGGUCUCUGCUCGUUUUGUUGCACAACCAAAGAGUGACUGCAGCGACCGCAGACCUGAUUGAAAGGGAAAGUGUUCUCCUUCUAACUCAUUAGACGAUGUGGCUGUGAAGUUAUGCACCUUUUUUGAGCGGAUCUAUGAGCUACCAUAUGGCGCGGUCUUGCCCGUACGCAGGGAGAGACGAUACAUCCUUAAGACGUUCCCGUUAGCCCUUUUAUUUUAAAUUUUUUAAGCGUACUACAGAGCAUAGGAUUACGGAUCCUUAUUUUAUUAGUAGGUUUUGUAUCUUUUUAGAUUAUGUACCAUAAAGGUUUCUAUUAAGAGCUAUAAGACUUCUCCGAGCCGUGUUAGCGGUAGCAUUUCUGCCAGGUAAUCUUCUUAAAAGUAUCAUUCAUUUUUAAACUACGUAUUUAUCGAGCCUUUCGCCUUCUUGCGAAUACGUGCAACUGCACAGAUGUCUGGAAAAGCCUUUUCUGUGCGGAGUGACAGAAAUAUAUGGAUUACUUUUCUGCCCUUUCCUCUUCCUUCCUAGUAAUCAGUGGGAAAAAAAUUCCUUUGCUUAAUUAUGAUGAAUUUUCUGGAAAAUGUAUCUAAAUGAAUCAAGCUACCUAGAUAAGCUGCAGCUUACCCCCUUCCCCAGUUGUGUAACCGGAAUAUGAGAGAUCGGGGGAAUUACUCUUCUGGUGCCGUAUCUUGUCACAGAAAUGAAGAGUAAGGACCAGAAAGCAAAGUCAGCGCACGUUUCAAAUUAUUCAAAGAACAGAGGAAAAAAAAUUUCGGGACCGUUUCCUUCUCCCUAUGAACUCGAGAUCUGUUUUUUGCUGUUUUUUUUAAUUGAAAGCUGGUAGGAUAUAAAGACAAGGGUUUUGUGUCAGAAAAAUGGCUGGAUUAUUCAUUCCUGAAGUUUGGGAGGGGGAGUCCUGAAAUCGUGGCUUAACAUUGAAUCGAUUUAUAAAGUUCCAUCUCUUUUUAAAUGGUUUUGUAUUGCCCGGCAGUCGUUCGAUAAUAACAGCAAGGGGUUUGUUUGAAUUUGUGGUAUGUCUUUAACUAUUGCAAAGGAACACUUAUGCUUUUUCAGAUAUAUGACUCCUGUGACAGGUAUUAUGGGAACCAAUGGGAUUAAUUCAUCCACAUGUUACGUUCAGCACGUACCAUGUGCCAAGUACCGUUCUAAGUGCUGGAGUAGAUGGAAAGUAAUCAGG